ACUUUUUCAUCCGGGGAAUAGCGCGACCUCACGGCGAGGAAGUUAGGGGGCCGUGCACCGCUCCGAUCGGACUGCCGUAGUCGGCCGCACCGCAGCUGCUACGAUGUGUGUCCGCCGCUCCACGAAGCUCCGCCGGGGGAGAGAGCCGUUCACCGGAUGAUGGACAGUAACUACCCGAGCUCCAGCUUUGCGGACGCGCUGGCUCCGGCAGCACAGCCCGCAGCUUCUUGGGCCUAUGGCCGCGACUCAGCUACCAUCAAGCAGAGUUCCAGUUAUGGUGCAGCACAGCUUGAUGCAGGGCUCCUUCAACGGCAGAGCUUUACUUCAGUACAGCAGCUCCCCACCUACACUACAGCACAUCUUGCUGCUGCCACAGGAGCACUUGACAGAAACAUCAAUACUUCAGAGACCUCAAUCAUGAGUUUCCUUUCAGCCAUGGAGUCAAGAAGUAGUGCCUCGCUCGUCGCUCCCUUUAGACCCCCAUCGUGGACAGCAGGUACCAACUCAUCAACCACAGGGCUAUACCUGACUGGUGCUUUGCCUUCUACUGCCACAUUUCCUUCUCCAGCUGCAUUGACAAACUAUCAACACACCACUCCAUAUACUUCUAAGAGUUAUUCCACCAGCUCUUCCCUGGCUCUCCAGGAGCCAGCCCUGAGCACUUCCACCAAUGGUCUGUUGUCUCAUCAGGACUCCCUCCUGCAACUCAAACCAAGCCAAACUGCGCUUCCAACUGCCCUGGCCUUUAACCUUUCUGGACCCGCUUUGGGCUCAAUUCUACCAGUCCAGUCCUCCACGUACCGCUCAGCUCAGGAGUCAGCCCCCCACCUCCUGCAGCCACAGUUUAACCUUCCUGCUCCCCAUAUAGCCUCACAAUCCUACGGGGCCACUGUUUUCUCUGGCUCUGUCGAGAGAGCACUUCAGCGAGAAUGUAGCGUGAUUAAACACCACCAAAGACCUUCUACCAGCCACAUAGCCUCGGACCAAGUAUCCAAUUCCGAGGACUCCUUACAGAGAUACUAUGCCUCUGGUAGUGAGGGAGGCAUGUCCUUCCGACAAGACCGACCCAGUGAGACCCCGGAAUCCUGCAGCCCUUCCACAGAAAAGGAUUCAUCUCAUAGGGUCAAUGGUGCCCUACAACACAAAGCGGACUCAGUCACCCAAAGCUAUUCAUGCACCACAGUGCCAACAACUAAAGAGUAUUCCUCCAAGUUAGCUUCUGCUGGCCUUGAAGAGAGUCACAGAAUUUCUCAAAGCUUAGUAUCUCAGUCCCCUGAGAGCUAUUCCAACCCCGGGCAGAAGUCAAACUCUGUAAUUUCCAACCAACUAUCCAGCCUUAUGCCUAGCACUUUGUCCCAAACCUAUAUCACAACACACAGCCAGUCACAGCCCCCUCAUCCUUCAUCAGGCAAUUUGUCUUCCCUUUAUAAGACACUACCUUCUCUGUCUAGUCUGUCCGACACUGGGGCAACUUCGACUCUUGUGUACACUUCCGGUCCAGUGCUGAGCCAAGAAAUGUAUGAUGUCCAGGUUCAGGGUUUGUGUCAGGGGACUCUCUCAGAGAGCUAUUCGUCGUCACACUCUCAGAAUGUGACUUAUACGUCAGAGUCACAGGAGCGGGCUUCAGUGACUCAGUCCAAGCGCUAUACCACUGUACAAUCCAUAAACGCCUCUUACCAAUCCACCUGUGGACAGAGUUUGUCCACGUCUGCACAAGACUACACCCUGAUGACAGGCUCUGUGGGGAAUGAAACACUUCCUGUCACCAUUUCACCGCAGGCAACCGUGCAGACUCAACAGAUUUAUGAGACUGUGUCUGCUACGUACCCACCAACUACUGAAGCUUUGAAUAAUAAUAUCAGCUCGUCAUUAAAAGACAUCAAGCCGACAUAUGGGAAAGCCACAUUUGAAGAACUUCCUAUCCAGGAGCUGCAGGCCCUCCAACAGGCAUCCAUGGAGGGCUUGGUCGCAAACGGCACCACGGCAGCUCCCAACAAUGUAAUCUAUAUUGUUUCAAAAAUGGAUGAUCUCCACAAAACGCAAAGUGUCAUCAGAGACACUUCACAUUCUGGUGACCAUCUCACACAGUUGAAUGCAGAACAGCACAGUCACCUCAGUGGACAAGAAAAUGCCAAUCCAAAAACAACCAACUCCAGUAUUAGUACUUCACAUGUACUUCUUAGCUCAGAACCAAUUAAGCAGCAUCCUGUCCUCAUCAAAUCAUCGGAAGCGCAACAACCCCCCCAAGACCAUACCCACUUUAUCACUGUCCCAAGUGCUCAGGUUCUCGUGGAGCAUAACCAGAUGAUUUCUCUUCAGCAGCCCCUUGUGCACAAUGCCCAGAUGUCUUCAAAGGUUGUAUCAGUGCAAGGUCUUCAAUCAGCCCAGGGCUUGGGCCCUCUUAAUAUCCAGUACCUCCAGAUGGAUCGGGAACUGAUGUGUCCCAAUGUCUCUGCAAGCCAAAGCCAGCAGGCCACAGUUGUGUCUGAGCAGAGCUCAGGAUGCUCCGACUCUUCUAAAGACCAUUACAGCCAGUCAGCUAUUCACCAGUCAAAUGAUGCUAAGAACCACUUUGCUCUUAACUCUCUUUGCUUCUCGGACUCCAUGUUACUUGUCGAUGACAGGAAUAUUUUAUCAAACGUUGACGACAUACUGGCUGCUACUGUGGCUGCUUGCGGCGUCACGCCGCAAGACUUUGUCAAAGGUGCAUCCCCCACAGAAGUUCAAAUGGCAGCAAUGGUGAGUCCUGUUGAUGCCAAGACUCCCUUUCAGACUGUGGAUAUAACGCAAAUGUCACCGAGUUUCUCAACAGCUCAACAGACGAUCCGCUCAGACACUAAUUCCCACGCCAUGGCGAUGACACUAAAUCGUGCGCAGAUCUCUACACACCGCCAAGGGCAGGCCAUUCACCACAGCAACAGUUCUGAUCUCAACACAAAUGGGGAUGGAGACAGCUCUGAAAGUGACUAUCACUCAGCGGGGCAGGUUUACGACUCCUCCGCUUUCCACAGCAGUGUCAAAAGUAAUGAAAAGUGUGUUAAAACUGAGAAUGACUCCAUAAAAUGCCAAAGGAGACAGGAUUUCCCCAAAAAGGAAGCCAACUUUAAGUCUUUGACAAGGUCUGAGGUUUCUGGAGAAGAUAAUGUAGCGUAUAAACCAGCCAAGCGCACUGGGCAGGCAAAGCGGCCUAACUCCAAGGGCGGCGACGUCAGCCCAUCUGCUUCACAAAAUGUAUAUGACGGUUGUCCACAGCAAGAGAGAAUCAGGCAGAAGAUUCGGGAAGUGGAAGCCAAACAACCAGAGGUGAAAACUGGUUUCAUUGGCUCUUUCUUGGACUUCAUCAAAUCUGGCCCCAAACAGCAGUACUCUCCAAGUCCUUCAAGAACUGUUAGCCGCUCCAAAAAGCCUGCUACCUUGGCCAAAGCGCCACCACCAUCAUGUGUUUUCACCCCUAAAAUUCAGACUCUGCCAAGUUCUCUGAUUUCCCAGCAAAGUCAGGUCACGAUUGCUCAGCAGAAACCUCUGGAUGACGAGCUGCAAAGGAACUUGGAGACACUGCCGUCGUUUAGCUCCGAUGAAGAGGAGCACACGGGAAGAAACCAGGCACUGAGGAACAGCAUCAGCUCAGUGCUCUCUGCCCUUGAUGAGCCUUCAGAACGGAAAGCCAAGCCAGAUAACCCCGUCCCCAGUAUGGUACCAAAACCAGUCCCAGUUCCCACUGUGCCGCUCAGCAUCACUGACACCCGCUUGCCACUAAUACCCACUGCUGCUCAAAUGCCAACCACAGUCACCACAGUAACAACAUCCGCCAUCAAGCAGGGGCCCAGCGCAACGCCGCCUGGCCAGCUCGCAGUUCAGUUAAUAAGUGUGGCAAUCGAGGGACUGACUGAUGAGGAGCUGUCGGACAGUGGAGGGGAAGGAAUGUAUCGGGAAAGAGACGAGUUUGUUGUAAGGAAUGAGGAUAUUGAGACCUUGAAGGGGACAUUGCGUGCAGGAAGUGAGCCUCCUGCCAUCUGGAAAGUUCAGAAAGCUUUGCUGCAGAAAUUUGUGCCAGAGCUAAGAGACGGAAAGCGUGUCUUCUUUGCUACAAACAGCUAUCUUGGAUACUUUGGUGAUGCUAAAAGUAUGUACCAAAGGGUCUAUGUGAAGUUUCUGGACACGGUUAACAAAAGGGAAUAUGUCAGAGUAUGCAGUCGGAAGCCGCGCUGCAAGCCCAUGAACUCACUCAGGGGUUUUCAAGUGAAGACUUUGCUGGGCUUGACAGGCGGCCCCUUCUCGUCAUCCCAAGGCCAAAAGCCUCGUCCCAAACCCCUCAAGCAACGAGCAGAGCCCCCACCCAAGAAGAGGAAAAAAUGGAAGGAGGCGUUGUCACCCGCUGCCUCGGGAUCAUCCGCUGAAGAAGACGAGUUAAACCCCCCAGUGCCUUUCGCUUCGCGACUUCUCAACACGCGAACUAUGAAGGAGACUUUCAGGAGCUUUGUGGAGCUGCUCGUCAACGUUGCCCUUGACGAAGAUGUGCUGGCUGAACUUGAGCGAGCCAACGAUGCGCUGCUGCUACCACAGAUGAGGAGGAUGGACAUCUUAAUCGGUGAUAACAGAAAACGCCUGCUUCACAAGCUGCACAUUGAGCAAGCCCUUAAGACGGCACUGGACAGUUUGCCAGAGAUUACGGUGGUUACGGAGCUGACAAACGAUGGGGAAACACCCGCCUUCAAAGUCCGACUUGGUGGAAUGGCCUACAACAGAAAGACCUUGAAGCCUGACGAGAUGCCUAAUCAAGUGCCGCAAGAGUACACGGUGGACCAGCAAAAAACCCAGUGGGUUUCGCUGUAUCACUCUCUACGGCACUACAAGUACCACACAUACCUCAUGUGUAGGGAUGAGAUCGCCACACUGCGUGUGCAGGCGGGUGAGCUGGGGCAGGAGGAAACCAUACAGAAGUGCCUGCAGAAUAGAGCUUGGCUGGAGGGGCUCUUUGACCGUUUUGGGGAGCUGAUUAAUCAAGUGCAGCAGGCCUGCCGAUGAACAGCCUCAUAUUUUGGGAACACUUAUGAACCUUCGUGUCUUGUCUACACAUGGAUCCGAGCAAUAUGGUGCCAAAGGAGUGCAUAGAUGUCUCUUCUCUGUAGCUGAGGUCUUAAUAAGAAUCUAAUAGAAUCUAGUUUUUACCUUCUUUGCCUCAGCAGAAAGCAUCAAGAGAGGACAAGGGCUAUGUUUUGGGAACUUUUCCCUCCAUAAGCGCCUCCCUGUUGUCUGUGUUUGUUGCAACAGACACUUUUUUUUUUUAUUGGUCAUUAUAGAUUUAUAGUUUCUAUUUUUUUAGCCAGAUUAUUAUGGAUGCUAGAUUGUGGUAGAAAUCAGAAUGCCAAUAGAUGUAAUAAGCCUUUAUCAAUCGGUUCAAUAAGUAGGUUCAGAUCACAGAGAACCCUAUUGAUUGUAAUUUUAAAAAAAAAAAACCUUAGUUAUAUACUUUUUGUAAAACAUCCCAUUUUUAGGUGUGUUAACUCACAUGGUUAUUCAUAUAUAUAGUGUACAUUCUGUAUAAAAAAAUUAAGCCAGUGGGUGUAUUGCUAACAAAACACUGUAUCUACUAUUCAACAUUUUACUUUUAAGAGUCAUUUUCAUGAAUAUUGUUUUUCUGAGGGUAAAAUACAGCUGUCUUUAUACUCCUUUGCAUAGCUCACAUUUUAAUGAUGAAUAGAGUUAUAUUUUUCACAAAGUAAAUAUUAUUCUGUACUUUUUUCACUGUAUGCUGAUAACGGGCGAAUUUUAAGGUCACUUUUAUGCUUUCAAAUAUUCUUGGUCUUCUCAAGAUACAGAUUGUAAAUAAAGUGCCACAUGAAUGAAUUA